UGUAAAAUUCAACAUGGCCGAAAUGAGUGAAGAAGACGCUGGAUUGUUUGGAAGCGACAGUGGCGAAGAAGAGCAAGAUGGAGCAGGAUCAGAAGUAGAACACAGCGACCAUAGUCAGCAUUCUGACAGUGAAGCAUCGGGAGGUGAUGGGGAAGAAGAUGAAGACAACGAGGGGAACGUCUCAGAUGAUGCGGCCGCUGAAUCAGACAAUGAAGCUGGAUCAGAUGAAGAUGACGAGCACGAAGAAGAAACUGGCGAGAGAUCGGAUGAAGAAGUUGCCUCCGAUGGAGACGUUGCCUCAGAGGGAGAAAAUGCAUCAGACCGGGAAGUUGCGUCAGAUGGAGAAGUUGCGUCAGACGGAGAAGUUGCGUCAGAUGGGGAAGGAGGUGUAGAGGAGGAGAGAAAUAGAUCCGAUGAGGAAGUUGGAUCAGAUGCUGAACAAGAGCUGGAAGAAGACGAUGAACAUCAUUCAGAGGGGGAAGAACAUUCAGUGAGAGAUGACCAUUCAGAGAGAGAGGAUCAUUCAGAGAGGGAGGACCAUUCAGAAGAUGAAGGUCUUGAAGUAGAUGAGGAUGCAGCUGAAGACAAUGAAGGAGCAGAAGAAGAGGAAGCUGAAGAAAUGGAAGCGGAGGAAGAGGAGGAGGAAGUCGAAGAGCAUGGACACGAAGAGAUGGAAGAGGGAUCUGCAGACGAAGCAAGAGAGCAUUCGGAGCACGAGGAGGAAGAAGAGAGGUCUGAGGGAGAACAGGUUGCCGAGUCUGAUCAGGAGCAACACGAGGAGGUUGCUUCUGGAGACGGCGAGACCUACCACGAGGAGGACAGAGAAGAAGAAGAUGCCGCAUCGGUUCCUGAACAAGAAUCCGGUCAGGAGGACAAUGAAGAUGAGGAGGUGGAUGAAGAGAUGGGCGAGAAGGUGGAGGUCGACGAGGGUGAUGGAGGAAGAGAAGAGCAGAGCGACGAUGAAAUGAUGGAGAGGGCAUCACAAGAAGGCAUUGAGGCGCCUGAGGAACAUUCAGAAGCGGAGGAGGCGUCUGAUCGGGAGGAGGUAGAGGAAGAAGAUGGAGAGGAGAGAGACGUGGCAGAGGAGCCAGCAGUUGAAGAAACAGAAGAGAAGGAAGAUGAUCUCGAGGAUGAAGGACAGCAUCCGGAAGAUGAGGCAGCUGCCCAGGAGUCGGGUAAUGAAGAGAGAGUUGCUGCCUCGGGAGAUGAUGAAGAAGCAGAAGGACAUCAGGAAGAGAAGGAGGAGGAUGCACCUUCAGAUGGGGAGAAACAAACAGGAGGAGAUCUUGAGGAUAGCGAAGAUGAUGAUGACUUCAUCGGUCGACGACCGAAGAAAAAACAAGCAGCAGGGAGCGAUGACGAGAGUAAUCGUGGGUCCGAUGACGGAGAGCAGGCAAAGGAUGCUGGUGCUCCAUCUCAGGAGGCGCUGUUCGGAGAAGCAGAUGACAUCUCAGACAGCGAUGAUGACAUGGACGCUGUGGUCAAUCAGCUGGCUGGUGGGUCGCAGGACGAGAGGGACAGAGAUGACAAUUACAUGAGGGAGGGGUAUGGACGGGAUGAUGAUGAUGAAGAAGGGGAAGGAGCACCGCCAGAGGUUGCUGAAGACACAAGGAUAGAGGUUGAACUGCCAAGAUUGCAGUCUGAGCUUGGUGAAGAACUACACUUCGUUAAGUUGCCCAACUUUCUCAGUGUGGAGACAAGACCUUUUGACCCCGCCUUCUAUGAGGAGGAGAUGGAUGAGGAUGAUGUACUGGAUGAGGAGGGACGAACGAGACUCAAACUUAAAGUGGAGAACACAAUAAGAUGGCGCAAGAGACUUGAUAAGGAAGGAAAUGAGAUGGAUAGAGAAAGCAACGCAAGGAUUGUCAGAUGGUCGGACGGCAGUAUGUCGAUGCAUCUGGGUAAAGAAGUCUUUGAUGUUUAUAAGACGUCGAUACAGGGUGAUCACAACCAUCUAUUCAUCAGGCAGGGUACCGGUUUACAGGGACAAGCUGUCUUCAAGACCAAGCUGACAUUCAGACCACAUUCCACAGACAGUGCGACCCACAGAAAGAUGACGUUGUCUAUCGCAGAUCGCUGCUCCAAGACGCAGAAGAUCAGGGUCUUGCCCAUGGCUGGCAAAGAUCCAGAAACACAGAGAGCAGAAAAACUUAAGCAAGAGGAGGAGAGAUUACGAUCUCAGAUACGCAGAGAAAGCGCCCAGCGUCGUGUUCGUGAGCGAGCCCAUAACAGAGGUCUCAGCGCCUCGUACCUGGAGCCGGACCGAGAAGAUGAAUUUGACGACGAUGACGAGGGAGUGAUUAGUUUAUCCGCCAUCAAGAAGGGAGUCAAGAACACAAUGGGAAGACCGGACAGACAUAUAUAUUCAUCAGAUGAAGACGAAUCAGAUAAAGAAGACAAACUCAUGAAGGCCAAAUCACAAACUCUGGAAAGCGAUGAGUCUUCCGAUGAUGAAGGAAGUAGCAGGAAGCGCAAGCCGGAAGGAGAGGAGGAGUUGCCUCGCAAAAAGAAACGAGCGCUCGUUGUUAGCGACGAUGAAGACGAAGAUGAAGUAGAAGGAGAUGUGGAAGAAGCAGAAGAAGCAGAAGAAGCAGAAGAAGCAGAAGAUGUGGAAGAAGAUGCAGAAGAAGAUGCGGACUGAAAACAUUUACGCACGUUUAAACACUGUUAGCCUUCAAGCAAGACUCUUCUAGGGCCGAAACGUCCGACCAUUAACUAUCGUUUCGCAUUUAUACCAUAGGUCCUUCUGGUUGGUGAGCUGUUUGAAACAGCUUAUUCGAUUUCCUCAUCAAAGUAACAUUUUACACAACAUCCUGUCAUUGAGUAAAACCCUUUUUCGUCUCCAUUACAUGUAUGUAACAUUAGUCACAAAUCUUCCGCAAUUAUUAGUGGCAUAGCAGGAUUUGCCUCUUAACUUGUGUGGUGAUAAGCCAGCAGGACCAGUUGCCAGUUGGUUUCACUUGUCUGUUGGCUUUUUCUCUAGUCCAUACGUAAUAUUUUUUUUAAUAGGGAUGUUUUUUGGGGGGUACUGGAUUAGCCAGCUGGACUACUUGGAGUGAAGUUUGACUGGUAUUUGUCCAGCAGACCAUUGUUUGUUUAAAAUGUGUCCUUUUAAUAAAGCACUUUUCUAUAACUGUUCCCUGCACUUCCCUUGUACAACUUGGAUACUGCAAUAGCAAAGGUUCCAGACUGAAAUGUUCGUUUUGUUGGGAAUCAUGAUGAUGUUUUAGACAAGUGUGCUAAUAAUAGCCAUUUUUUCUUCUUCUGCUGAAUGACCAAAUACGUACAUCAUGAUGUUACGAAUGACAUUAUGUUAAAAAGGGCCUUGACCUUUUGCAGGCACAAUUUGUACA